AUGCCAAUCAGACACAACAUUGCACUCUUCACCUUCACGUACAUAGAUACGCUGCUGUUGUUGUUAUCAAUCGAUAACGCACCCACAACCAUGCGUCGUCAAUGGAUUCGAUUACAAAUGUUACCCGAAUUGGAGAAUUGCGAUUGUGAUGAGGAACGUGAAGCGGAACGACAAAAUUCGACGAGAAGUUGUCCGGGAAGUUUCCCAGCAACAGUAACACGUCGAGCUCAAUUCCCAAGGCGUUCGUUGAAAGAGUUACGUAUCGACGUCGGAAAAAAUCUCGAACCGUUAGUGCAUCGAGCGAAAUCGCACGGACUGGAACGAAUCGCCGAGGAUCCAUCGUCGCCGAUUACGGCCGAUGAAAAGCCGAUCGCUCCGCCACGAACGAUUCGAGCUGUUCGAUCCAAAGAGGGCGUGAUGGUUGCCGGCGUGGACGUUUCCGUCACCACACCGCCAUCGAUGGCUUCGGAUCCGCCGUUGAGCGAACGAAGUGUCGCCGAACGAAUUGAACAAACUUUGCAUACACAUUAUUACACUAUCGCCUAUACAUUGGUUAUUGUGGCGUACCUGGUUGGAUUCGCUGAGUACCUGUACUUCCGGCUCGUAUCCAUUCUAAUUCCGGAACGAAUGUACUAUCAUCCAAGUUGUCAGGAGAAGCAGGAUCGACGUGUCGGCAAAGACGGAUUUCACUACGGCGUCUCAAUUGGCGCUUUCAUCGCCAUAGCACUUUUUCAACUUAUCUGCUUCUUUGCGCUAACAAUAUCGGAAAAUUGGACCGUAUGUAAACAGGAAUACAAUCCCCUGAAUCAGAUAGUAAAAAUGCAACACGAUCUUGCAGCUCAUAUUCGCAAAACUAUUAGUCAAUCGAUGUAUCGUACAUUUUUAUGCUACGGUAUAUGUUCGUUCAUUAAUUGCGGCAUUAUAUUCUAUAUGGUGGCCAUACAGGAUGCGCUUGAUGAGUCCGGUACCGUGCUGCUGUACGUGUUCGACGGUGUUGUUAUACUGUAUUUUAUUGCAUUUCCACUUACUACAGUGAUCUAUCAUCCACACGUGCACUGCUUUCAAAGUCAUCCAGGACGUGCUGCACGUUUACCCGCAUCCAUAAUAAACGGGAUUCGUUCGCAGACCUCAACCUUAGAGAGUAACCUCUCGCAAGAGGCACCCGCCACGGCCGCCGCAGCACACCCUCCGCCGGCGGUAGAGGAUCCGCCGGGCCGCGGUGGUAUCCGGCCGGAUGUGUCCCCGCUGGAACCGAUCCAGUACCUGGAAAGUCCACGACGACCUGCACGGACGAGCACUUUGGUCUGA